AUGUUGUCAGCAAGCGACAAACAUGGUGCACUCAGGUGCAGUGAUUUGAGUGUUUUGUGUAUUUGUUGUGUUUUCAGGGCGUUGUUGUGUAACUUGGUGCGGGUGAAGCUGGGCUGCUACGAGCUGGAGGGCAAGAACUCGCUCUCUCUAGAGGACUACCUCAAAGCCUUCAUGGAGACUGAAGUGAAACCUCUGUGGCCUAAAGGCUGGAUGCAGGCCAGGAUGUUGUUCAAAGAGAGCAUCAUGGCUCAUGGUCACCUGACAGGAUACACAGUAAAGAAAAGAAUGGUUCCUAAUCCCAAGACCCCCAAGCUGAAGGAGGCUGUGUGGGUUCAUCGGUCCACACCUUCAGCAGGUGUCACCCCCUCCCCCGCAGCUCAGGUUGCCAAGCGACCGCCUCAGUCCCCGGCUGAGCCCAUAUGUCUCGACUCCCUCGACGAGGAUCUGACGGCGCCCUCGCUGGACUCCAUCUCUCAGGCUCUGGCCAUCCUCGGAAACGCAGCCAAGGGAUUGGCCCACGGGGACAGCCCCCUCCCCCGAACUACCCAAAGCUUCCCCGCCGCCCCCUCCUCCCUCCACUCCUCGCCGCUCCUCCAGCAUCAGAAGAAGAACUCUGUCGGCACUCCCAGCUCCAACGCACCUCUCUACAUCUCUACCUCUUCGCCCGCCCCUCAGUCCCGGCCCCCCUCCCUCACCUCCUCGCCCUCCGUCAGGGUGGACGCAAUGGGGGUGGUGAAGGGCGGCGUUCAGGUGCACAGACUCUCCGUGCUGAACGCUCAGAGACCUUUAGUCGUGGCCGUGGGUAAAGGGAACAUGACUGCCUCGGCGUCGCCUCCUAAGCCGCGCCCGCCCCCCACCGCGUCUCCGUUGGUGGCGCCAGGUUCAAAGAUGGGGGUCUCCACGCCCCCGUCCAGCCUCCUCAAAGGCAGCAAUAAUAAUAAAGCCAUCGGUGGUGACACUCUGAUCAUCACGUCGCCUCAGUCCCGCCUCCACACACUCUCAUCCAACACACAUAUCAAAACCUACCAGGCGCCCCGCCCGACCCAGAACCUGCCCCCUAAACCGUCCCACCCCGUAAUCCAGCCCCAGCCUCAGUCCAACUUCAUCACCCCCAUGCACGCCACCCUCACUAAAUCCUCCCACAGCAGCAUCCCGCCGAUCGUCAAACUCACCCCACGCGCCCCCAACCCCGUGGUCACCUCCAUCCCCUCCUCAGGCUCCCCCUCCAUCUCUCUAACCCCGGUCUCAGGUGUCCCCCUCAUGCACCAGUACUCCUCCAAGGGCCCAGCAGGGUUCCGCCCGCAGUUCUCAGGAGUAACCAAGCUCGGGCAAGGCAGCUACACCCCCCCGGGCGGCCAGAAGACCACCGCCAACAACAACAGCACCAACACCAGCCUUAUAAACACCAUCUCCAUAAGCAAGCAUUCAGGAUCCAGUGCCUCCCCGACUGUGGCCUCCCCCAGCUCGGGGCAGCGACAGAGGCCCGGGGGUGGGACACCUCAGGGGGCCAAGCCGGUCGUGUCUCUCCCAAACUCAUCCGUCUCUUCUCAGUUAGCACAGGUCUCCACAGCAGGUACCGGCGGCCUCCUGGGCUCGCCCUCCUCUCUUCCUCUGGGUUUCGGGAUGCUGGGGGGCCUGGUCCCCGUGUCCCUGCCCUUCCAGUUCCCCUCGUUGCUAAACCUGCCGUCGCUGGCUACGGCGGGCUCCAGCACGGCAGCCAGCAGCGCUGCAGCCAAUAGCAAUGCAUCGUUCUCUACGCUGACCCAGAAUCUGUAUAAGAGUCUCCAGUCAGGGUCUCAGGUUGCUCUGCCUCCUCACUUGCAGCUCGCUUUCUCAGAUGUCACUCAAAGCCAAGGAGGAGACGCCGCCAAGAGGAAGACGCUAUGAUAAAAGCUGGACCUCCACGCCGCAAUGACGUUUAAUCGUGCGGACAAAUCAGGACAGACUUUUGACUUUUAGGGCUCACCGGGCUCCGAGACAAUACUCGCUCAACUUUUCAUGAUGACUACGGCGAAAUCUAACUUUUUAAAAA